CUCUGGAAAUAAUGUAGGCUAUGGAUGAGGUUAAAAUCACCAACCUUUCCAAACGGACUUUUCGGUGCUAAAAUGCACCCUUCACGGGUUAAUAUGGUACAUAUGCAUGCCUUUUUUUUCUGAGAGUGUAUGAUGGGGACAUUAAUUCCUGCAGAUCCACUGGUGACUGAAACCUACGUGUUGGUGGCUGGGAUGCUGUUCCCUCUACGAGUGGCAUCGUGACAAACCCGCAGUUUGCUCAAGAAGUGCUGUCUAGCUACUGUCUCAUUUAAGGAAAUUCCGAGAAGGCGCUACAGAAGUUUUGAAAGCGAGCUCAUACUGAAUGAGCUAUUAUAAGUCUAAUUUGUUCCACACAAACUAUUUUUGGUGGGGAAAACCCGUGAUGCAUGCUUGAAGACCCAUUUUUAACAACUGCCCACAACGUUUAUGUGUGGAACACCCGGUAAAAGGAACGCGCUUUAAACCCGCCAGACAUGCUGUUACGAAAGCCCGAGAUGAGCUCGUUUUAUUUUCAAUGGAUUUUACUCUCAGCACUUUGGAUUGCAGGGAGUCAGAUGCACAUCAUAAAUCACAGAUCAUAUGCCAUCAGUGCUGGUCUUGCAUUUAUGAUUGAGUGCAACGAAGAGAGAGAGAUGCAGAAUGCAAGUGUGAGCUGGAGCCUUGUUCCCAAUCGGAGUCUGGAUAAUAUCAACGGAAUAAACAUUAACGUCAACGUGCUCUGGUUUCUACCUGCUGACCUCUCCCACAGCGGAUCCUACUCUUGUCUCAGCAGAAAAGGCAAUGAAACCUGGGAAACAAUAUUUGAGGUCUGCGUUGAGAAUAAAACAUGCCCUAAAUUGAACAGAAAAGACGAAGUAACAAGCACAAAGGAACUGUUUUGUUUCCUUCCUCACAUCUUUGAGAUAGACCCUCAAGCUCAAGUGACCUGGAGAAACAACUGCCACCCACUCAAUGUGACUAACAGUAAGGUUUUCCCGAUAAACAGAGACCAAGACAAGGUUGGACUGUAUACGUGCUUUGUGAGCUUUACUUUUGAAGGGAAAAAUUACUCUGCUGCCCAGACUACAGAAAUCUACAAACAUUCUUCAGAUUAUGUGGUGACAAAGCCUAAAAUCAUCUACCCAAAGGAAGAAAUCCAAAAAGUAACACUUGGUGAAAGUUACACAAUUAAGUGCAAAGCUCUUGCUGGGAAGAACGACAAUGGAGAAACUUUUAUUUACUGGUUAAGUGACUCUGAAUCUCUUGAUCUGAACUACGACUUCAGCAUCGUGGAAGAGGGCGAUCAGAAGUACAUGCUGUCUGUUUUAAACAUCACAGAAGUCACAGAAGAAUAUUUAUACAUUAAUUUCACCUGUGUCGUUCUACACCCGGCAGGUUCAGAUUUUGGAAAAGUCUUUCUUAUUCCAGCGAGUCAGAAUGAGCGUUAUUUCUGGAUCGGUCUUGGUCUGGUGGCUCUGCUCAUAUUACUGUGUGCCGUGGUGUUUCUCUUCAGAGUCGAUCUGGUUCUGGCUUACAGGGCUGUUUGCUCGUCUGCUGCCGUAAGCAGCGAUGGCAAGUUGUACGAUGCGUAUGUGUGUUGCCUCCACGGUGAUCAGCACUGCUCAUCUUCUGCGACGAAGUUUGCCUUGGAUUUCCUUCCUGCGGUGCUGGAGGAUCUUUAUGGUUACAAACUCUUCAUCAGUGGUCGUGAUGAACUUCCUGGGGAAGCGGUGCAUGAAGUCAUUGCAGACAUAAUGAGCCGAAGUAGAAGGCUGAUCAUUGUUCUUACAUCACAGAGCUGUGUGUCGCCUCAAACCGACGCCACCAAGAGCCUUUUACCAGAUAAACUCCCCAUAUCAGACCAUGAUGUGCAACUAAAAGAAACAACCACUUCCUCUGACCAAAUAUGGGCUGCUUACGAGCAACGGGUGGGUCUCUAUGAUGCUUUAGUGAAGCAGGGUCUGAAAGUCAUCCUGGUGCAGGUGGAGGACGGGGUUGAAGAGGCUCUGCUGCCCGAAUCUUUGCAGUACAUCAGCCGCACUAAAGGCAUCCUCAAAUGGAGGCCAAACGCCAGUGAACGGGUGAACAAAAGCUUCUGGAAAUACAUGCGCUAUCGAAUGCCUCCAGCGAAGCGGCAGAAGAACCAAGAGCUGACGGUGCUUUGAGAUCAAUUUGACACUUUACACAAGUACAUGAACUCGUUAUGAAUGUGUAUUGAUUACACAAGUCAAGUGUGCUGCACUUAGAAAAAAUGCACACUUAGGGGCCCUUCACACAGAACGCAUUUUCUAUUCCAGUGUGCUAGACGGAUGUGCAUCACCGUUUUGCUUGUGCCGUGUUUUUUAAGACGCCGUGUCAAGUAAAAAGAAUUUCAACUGCUCAUCAAUGUCAGUUCCAAAACUGUGGACCAAUCAGAAGACCCCAGAGGCGGGGCAAGCGUUGCCAGAUUUUGUUCACAGUUGCAAGUUGGCAUGGCAACUGUUUAUUUGACAGCAACAUGGCAGAGGACGCAUUCUGUGUUGCGCUUUUUAAAAAACCAAUUCCUGAGCACUGCCUUUCGCAGUAUUAAAUGCAAAGAUGUGUUCUGUGUGAACGGCCCCUUAAUAUGCGAGCUUGCAAUGUGUGAGUGUGUGUACUUGGGUAGAGAAGUUUUGUUGCAUUUGUGUGAAGAAACUUUGCCAAGUAUCUUGAAAAAAACAAAAAAAAAAACACUGGUAAUGCAAAUUAAAGUUAAAAUGAACUGAUAUUUAUAUGGAAGUACAUAGAAUUUUUGUUUCAGUUUCUCUCCAUUAUUUUUAUAUACUUUUUAUUUUUUUAAAUGCAGCAUGUUAAAUUAAUGCAUAUGAAGAAGGAUAUUUUGUGUUUACAGUUACAGAGCCAGGAGUUUCUACUCUUUUUAUUUGUUUACUUUUCUUGUUUUUUUUUCUAAUUUGUUAUUAAUUAUCAUUAUUCAUAUUUUUCAACAAAAAAUAAAUAAAUAAGUAAAUAUAGUGAGCUUUUACAAGUGGCAGUUAUUGUGACUACAGUUCAUGUCAGAGUAAAUAUUGUUAAAUCUUUUUAGAGAAAAACAAUAAAUAUAAUUAAAAACAAA